ACGGCUUAUAAGCAAAUAACAUUUAAGUUACAAACAGCUUAUAAAUAAAUAACAUUUAAGGCAAAUAACUGUUGCACAUGGCUGUUUUUAUUGAAGACAUGAAUUUGCUCGAAACUGUUACUGAGGGUAACUAGACUAAACAAAUCUUAUGUUUGCAUAGUGUGGCCAGAGAUUAUUUUGAAAAGGUAAACAAAAGCUGGUUAGAAAUUUCCAAGUGGUCUCCGCAAUUAAUCGAAACAAUGAUGAGUACGAGCAAAUCACCGACAACUGAGACGAUACACCCCACCUUUGUGAUACUCGGAUCGGGCGGCCACACCGCUGAGAUGUGCAAAAUGAAUCAGGCACUGCUGCGUGACCAGAACACAUACCAAAAGAAAUACCAGCCGGUACGUUACAUUGUGGCCAAUAGCGAUGAUACCUCAGAGCGUCACCUGCGUGUCGCAAUGCCUUCUGUGACGAAGGACAGCGAUUUCAUCCGAGUGCCGCGCAGUCGAAGCGUCGGCCAGAGCUGGGUGAGCACUAUAUUCACAACGCUGUGGUCACUCCUCUGGAGCUGCUGGCUGGUUUGGCGCGACCGGCCACAACUGGUACUGUGUAACGGGCCUGGCACCUGUGUACCCUACUGCUACGCAGCAUAUAUGUGGCGACUGCUUGGCCGCCUGCCCGCCCACAGCCGGAUAGUCUUUGUGGAGAGUUAUUGUCGCGUCGAAACGCUCUCACUGAGUGGCCGCCUCCUCUUGCCUCUGGCCGAUAUGUUUGUCGUCCAUUGGCCAGCGCUGGCCGCACGCUACUCCCACAAGCCUAAUAUUCGAUAUUUUGGCCGAAUCUUAUAGGAAUCAUACGCAUAAUCUUUCAAAUAUAUGCCAUCGAUUUGAAGUGCAUCCAAUGAUACUUUCCACUUCAAAAAGAUCAAUAUUGGUUUCACAAAAAAAAAAAUAAAAAUCAAACCGUAUACAA